GAGGCUCGGAUGUGGGGUGAAGGCGACUGUGGGGAAGAGUGUGUCUGACCGAGCACUUGGAUUCAGCUCCUUUAUUUCCAACAUGGAAGAAACUUACAUCGACUCCCUAGACCCUGAAAAGCUAUUACAAUGCCCCUAUGAUAAAAACCACCAGAUCAGGGCCUGCAGAUUUCCUUAUCAUCUUAUCAAGUGCAGAAAGAAUCAUCCUGAUGUUGCAAACAAAUUGGCUACUUGUCCCUUCAAUGCUCGCCACCAGGUUCCUCGGGCCGAAAUCAGUCAUCAUAUCUCAAGCUGUGAUGACAAAAGUUGUAUUGAGCAAGAUGUUGUCAACCAAACCAGGAACCUUGGACAAGAGACCCUGGCUGAGAGCACAUGGAAGUGUCCUCCUUGUGAUGAAGACUGGGAUAAAGACUUGUGGGAACAGACCAGCACCCCAUUUGUCUGGGGUACAGCCAACUACUGUGGCAACAACAGCCCUGCAAGCAACAUAGUCAUGGAACGUAAGAGUAACCUGGCUUCAGGCAUGCGAGUUCCCAAAUCUUUGCCAUAUGUUCUGCCAUGGAAAAACAAUGGAAAUGCACAGUAACUGAAUAUCUCAUCAAAUGGCAGAUCCUAGAAGAUUCUUACUUAAUUCCUGCUACCAGUGGGUUCUUCAUUUUUCUCCUAAUCCAAUUACAUAUAGAAUGAUAAACAAUCUGUGACUUUCAAACUGACAAGUACCUUUUUUUCUGCCCCCCUCUGAGUCCUCAUUUGAUGCAAGAACCCUUAUACUCAGAAGCUUUUAAAUAAACCGUCAAUAUAGAUAGCUUAA